AUGGAUUGCCGUCAUAAUCACCCACGUCCAAAGGAUCUUCAUGGACAUUAUACAGUCGGAAGACUCAAAGCUCAUGAAUAUGCGGAGGUAGAUAAAAUGACACGAGCACGAAUGGCACCCUCUAAAAUUCUUAGCAAAUUGAAGGCGGAUGAUAAUAAUAACAAGACUACGUUGCAACAAAUUUAUAACGCGAGAAGUACUUUGAGAAGAAAGGAUUUUCAAGGCAAGUUGUUGAUGCAACAAUUAUUGUGGUUGGCGCAAAAGAAUAACUAUGCUUGCCAAAAGAAAUUGGAUGAUUUCGGCCAUGUGAUGCACCUUUUUAUUGCCCAUCCGGAAUUCUUAAAGUUGGCGUUAUGCUUCCCACAAGUUCUCAUAUUGGAUUGCACUUACAAGACCAAUAAGUAUGAGAUGCCCUUGAUGAACGUUGUUGGUCAUACGUCAACCAAGUCAACUUUCACCGUUGUUUUUUGUUUUUUGGAUGAUGAGUUGAAAUAA